AUGUCACAUUCGAAGAAUGCACACAAAUUAUCUGAUAAAAGUAGAACAGACAUACAUACAACCGACAGAAAUGAGGAAGAAGGAGAAGUAAUAAGUUGUAACGCCACCGAGAGCUGCACGUACGCUGUGACUGUGUCUAAGAAAGCUUCAGCAUCGAGUGAAGAAGGUGCUUUGUGUUCUGGACAAAAGUCGUUUAUAAGUAUACACUCGACUGAUCACUUGUGUCAAGUGGCCGACGCUAACAACCCAUUGAAUCUCGAGGAGUGCAACUUGGAAGUGCUGAGUCUUAACGAGGUUUUUCCUUCGACAUCAGAAGAAAGCCUAUCAAAUGAGGAUGAUCCGCCCCUUCAGCGAAAAAGAAACGCCAAGAAGAAUAAGACAACAGUUCAGAAAUCUCCAUCUGAAAACGUAGAAAAAACGUCUUAUAUGCCUACUAAUAGUAAGUCAACAACGGGUCCACGGCAAAAGGAGCCCAUCGACGGACCGCAAGCUUCAGUAUAUUCUGACUUCGACAUUCCAAAAAACACACUAUAUGUCGUCGGUAGUAAUCCGGGAGAGCCGAAAAUGUCCUAUCCAGAUCCACCAAAAAAGAUUUCAAAGACGAUGAAAAAGUUUCUGCGCAACAUAGACAAGCACAAGAAUGAUCAUAAUGCUAAGAGUAAUGAGAAAGCAAUUAGUAAACUGACAACGAUGCGCGGUAUUUUAAAGGAUGGACGCUGUGGACCGGAGUGUACAGGCGACUCCACCGUGCGAGGCGUCGACGAAUAUAAUACUGAUGAUCUGACGUUUUCGAUGGAAUUUGGUCCACACAGUAAUUACAGCAAGCAGAAUCCGGACAAAAACGUGACUUUCAACACGCAAGUGGUGAUCAUCCACUUCACAGGGGACCUGUGUGUAGGACAGAGCGUGGAAACCCUCAGCAAAGAGAAGGACCAACAGGCGAGAAAUUCCGAACUAAGAAAAACUUUUCUAACGAAAUAUAACGAAUUUUGGCCUACACAGAAAUAA